UGUGUGUUCCCCCUCUUAUCCGUGCCUUUUGGCCGACCUCGGCGCCAAUGCAUGUGCCCGUCCUUGCGAAGGACUCCCCGGCGAUAGCACCACCCCCGCAAGCGCUGUGCCCUUCCAACACCACCUCCCUGCCAGUGGCCGAUCCACAGAGACCCAGGCCGGGUCGGCAUCGGCAUCGGCGUCCUGCGACAGCCGUCCUAGUCUCUAGCAUUGGGUUGCUGGUGCUGUCGCUUGUCGCAUUGUCAGCGGCUGCUGCUCACUCAGGCCUUUCCUUCUUCUCCUCCACGGAGAGCUCCCCACUCGGCUGCCUGCACGACACCACCUGCGGCGGCAUGCUCACUCACCUCGCGGCCUCUGGUUCCUGGAUCCCGCGGUCAGGCCUCCAUCGGCUCUCAGCCUCCCCUUCGGUGGUGUUUCUCACGCACCGCGAUCGCCGGGCCACGCACACGGCUCCUCGGCUGCAAUUCAGCCCCUUUUCUUCGGUGUCCGGGUCUGGCUCCGGUAGCUCGGCCGCUUCGUCCUCCUUUUCCGCCGGCUCCUCCUCGUCCUCCUCGGCUGCCAUGUCUGCUGCCUCGGACUCCGGGUCCUGCCCUUCGGGCAUCCUCCAGCCGCUGACCGAUGAGCGCCUGUACCGGUACCUGACCUUGCCGUCGAACUCCCUUCGUGCGGUCCUCGUCAGUGACCCGUCGGCCGAUCGCGCGGCCGUGGCCAUGGACGUGCAUGUCGGGAGUCUGGCCGACCCGGUGACCAUCCCCGGGCUGGCGCACUUCCUGGAGCACAUGCUUUUCCUCGGCACCGAGAAGUUCCCCGACGAGAGCGCCUACUCCGACUACCUGGCCAAGCAUGGCGGCUCCUCCAAUGCCUAUACCGCCCUUGAGCAUACCAACUACCACCUGGACGUUGCGCCCACCCACCUGGAGGGGGCCAUCGAUCGCUUUGCCCAGUUCUUCACGUCGCCGCUGUUCAGCGCCUCCGGCACCGAGCGCGAGCUGCUGGCCGUCGAGUCUGAGAACCAGAAGAACCUCCAGUCCGAUGCCUGGAGGCAGUUCCAGCUCGAGCGGUCCCUGGCCAGCCCGGACCAUCCCUACUUCAAGUUCAGCACCGGCAACCGGGCCACUCUGAGCGUGGUCCCGCAGUCGCAGCAAAUCGACACCCGGGCCGAGCUGCUGUCCUUCUACGCCAAGCACUACAGCUCGGACCUGAUGUCCCUCUGCAUCGUCGGCUCCAACUCUCUGGAUGAGCUUGAGGAUUGGACUCGCAAGUACUUCAGUGGCGUGCCCAAGCGCGAGUCCUCCUCGCGGCCGAUCUAUGACCCGGAGCCGUACCCCGCCUCUCACCUGAUGCGUAAGGUUCGUGUUGUGCCGGUCAAUGACCAGCGCACCAUGCGCAUCAACUGGCCCACCUUCCCGCCCACCACGGCCGAGAACUAUGGUGCCCGGCAUUCGUGGUACAUCUCCCACCUGCUUGGCCACGAGGGCCCCGGCAGUGCGCUGGCUCUGCUCAUGGAGAAGGGUUAUGCCACCAGCCUGAGCUCUGGCUCCAGCAGCUCCAGCAGCUCUUUCGACAUUCUGAGCAUGAGCAUUGAGCUCACUCCCUCGGGUCUCGAGAAUGCCGACGAGGUGGCCGGGAUCAUCUUUGACUAUGUGUCGUUGCUGCAGCGCUCCGGCCCGCAGGCCUGGAUUUGGGAUGAGAACAAGCUCCUGGCCGACAUGCAGUUCAAGUUCCUCGAGCCGCAGAACCCGAUGUCUCACGCGAUUGCCACUACCUCCGGCAUGCAAAUCUACCAGCCGGAGGAUGUGGUCGCUGGCCCCUACAUCCACAAGGCCUAUGACCCGGAGCUCAUCACUCGCGCCCUGGAGUCGCUGUCCCCCCGGAAGGCCAUCAUCUUCCUGGUCAGCUCGGACUUCGCCGAUGAGGCGAGCGCCGCCCUGUCGGCCUCGGAGUCCGAGGGCACCAGUGGCACCUCCACCCCGACGCCCGUGGGUCCCGGCACCUGGCACAAGGAGCGCUGGUACGGUACCCAGCACUCGGUUGAGCCCUUCUCGGAGAGCCUGCUUGCUCGCCUGGAGUCCACCACUCCCAACCCUGGGCUCGCGCUGCCGGAGCCGAAUGCAUUCAUCCCGACCAACUUCGACAUCCUCGAGCCGACGACCAGCAGUGAGAUGACCAUGUACCCGACCCUGGUGCUGGACACGCCACGCAACCGGCUCUGGUACAAGAAGGAUAACACCUUCAACAUUCCGAAGGCCUCGGCGAGCUUCAUGAUCCGCACGCCGCUGAACUAUGCGACCCCGCGCUUUGCCGUGGCCACGUCGCUGCUGACGCAGCUGAUCCGCGAUGAUCUGACCACCUUCUCGUACAGCGCCUCCCUGGCAGGCCUGGACUACAAGUUCGACAACAAGCUGGACUUCCUGGAGCUCAACCUCUCGGGCUACAACGACCGGCAGCUGGUCUUCCUGGAGUCGAUCCUCGACCGGAUUGUCAACUUCAAGAUCAACCCCGAGCGCUUUGUCGUCCUCAAGGAGCGCCUCAACCGGGCGCUCAUCAAUGCCAGCCGCACCCACCCGUACAUGCUGGCCUUCCGGGAGACCUCGCGCGCUCUGCACAAGAUCCAGUUCAGCGACCACCAGCUGCGCGCGGCCCUCAUCGGCGGCGAGGAGUACCGCGCCGUGGAGAGCAACAUCCCCAGCGAGGUGGACCUCACUGAGCCGGGCAUCACCUUCGAGUUCAUCUCGUCCCUCCUGCCGCAGCUGCUGAAGACCUUCUGCAUUGACGGGCUGAUCAUCGGCAACCAUUCGACCGAGUCGGCGGUGGCCAUGGCCAAGCUGGUGGAGGACAAGUUGCUGUCGGUGAAUGCCGGUGCCCCGGACGCCGGGGAGGCGUACCCCCGGCCGCCGGCCCGCACGCAGCUCAUCCUGCCCAAGGCCGCGCACUAUGCGCUGCUGCAGCCGCUGGCCGACAAGUCCGAGACCAACUCGGCCCUGCUGACCACCUACAAUUUCGGGCCCUCCAGCACGGAUGACCAGUCGCUCCGGCUGCGAGCGGCCAUCCUGGUCAUCGCGCAGAUCAUCAAGUCGCCGGCCUUCAACCAGCUCCGCACCAAGGAGCAGCUGGGGUAUGUGGUGCACUCGGAUGUGUCCUUUGGGUCUGGCUCGGCCGGGCUGAAGAUCCUGGUGCAGAGCGCCGUCCGGACCCCGGGCUACAUCGGGUCCCGGGUGCGUGCCUUCAUGCGCCGGGCCCUGGUCACGGAGUUUGAGACCCUCUCGGAUGAGUCCUUCCAGGCAUACGUCGACGCGGUUAAGGCCCUGGUGGCCGAGAAGGACAAGCGCCUCGGCCAGGAGGCCGCCCGCUGGUGGAGCUCCAUCGUCGCGGGGCACACCUUCUUCGACCAGGUCGAUCACCUCCUUGCGGCUCUUGACUCGGUCACCAAGGAGGAGGUGACCUCUCUCUUCCGCACCAACGUCGUGGAGGCCGACUCCUCCAGCUCGUUGACCAUCGCCAUGGUCAGCCAUGUGGACCCGGUCCCGGUGGUGGCCACGCCGACCUCCUCCACCUCCGGCGACCUGGCCAGCCCGCGUGCCGAUGGCGACGAGGCGCCCGUCGAGGCCGCCCACAGCUCCGUUCCCUCGUCGACCGGAGCAUCGACCACCUCCCCGACGCUGGCUGAUGCGUAUGUCGAGCCGGAGGAGGACCCCUCGGUGUCGGCGCUGGGCGAGGAAAUCACCGACCUGUCGAAGUUCCGCACCCGGUUCCCGGUGUACCAGCCCCCGGCCCCUCGGUCCCCGGGGCUGGUGCUGCUGGAGAAGUACCGCACCACGGCCACCUCUCAGUAGUGGGGCUGCGCACUGCUGCGGGCAGGGGGGGGGGGGGGGGCA